ACUGCAUGUAGCUUUUGUUCUCUCUCCUUCCCAACCUUUUCUUUCCUCUGUAAAAGUGCACCCAAACACUCCCUUCCUUUGCCACCGCUAACACCAACCUUUGUCACCCAAAUCUCUGAUCUCAAGGAACCACCCUAACGCUCUCUCCACCGAUUCCGCCAUGGCCAAGAAGCGCAAGUCCAUCACCACCAGCCUCGACGAGGUCGAUCGGACCCUCUACGCCUCAUUCUGUACCGCCGCCAAUUCCCUCUCCCAGCUCUACACGCACACCAUGAACCACCAGAAGCUCUCCUUCAACGCCGGCGAACGCCACGCCCUCGAAAAUCUUUAUCAGUGGAUUUGGAGACAACAAGAAGGAGGAUCAAGGGUUGCAACAGUUGAUGUACUCAACUACAUUCAGAAUGAGCUGGAUUAUUGUGAAGAGCCAUCUAUGUCACCUAGAGCACCACUGCAACACCACCAGUCACAACCAACAUUGCAUAUGCCCAGCUUGGGCUUUCCCAUCACUUCAGCGUCUUCUGGCCAAACUAUAGCUGCACAAGGACUUCGUGCCGAAUCUGGUGAAAAUCAACCGAAGAAUUCUGUGUUUUCAAAUGCCUUGUCAAGUCCAAUACGCCGAAGCCUUCAACAUUAUCAAAUCGGUGAGGGAGGAUCCUACAGCAAUGGUCCCUUCAUGGGGAAUGGAAACCGGAACACUGAACUUGGCUUUCUUUCUCAGCAAGGCAGGGAAUCAAUAGUAGUGAGCUCCAAUGAUUCUGCCAUGGAUAUGCAUGCAGACUAGUCCUGUAUAUUGGUUUAUCAAUUGGGAAUUCUUAACUCAGCACCCUUCUGCAACAGCUACAAAAGAAGCCAACAACCUUGGAAAUUCUGUCUGGAUUUUCACAUUGGAUCUUGCAAGAAACGACAGGCGGAAGGAACCAAUUCUGUUAACCUUUUACUAUGCUUAUGUCAACCGGGUGACCGGUUUGGGGUUCUUAGUGGUUUUUGUAAAGUUUUUAAGAGUUAUAAGAGUUGUUUUAGUGGUUUGGGGUUUUUAAGUUUUAUGUCAACCAAUUCUGUUGAUCAGCUUUUAAGAGUUUUAUUUUGUACCUUGAAUUGUUUCACCCCUCGCCCUUUCACCAAAAAAACUGUGUUUUCACUGUACAGCUGAUUCUAUCUGAAGUUUAAUAUGUAAAUCUUUUCUUACGUAAA